GGAAGUCGCGAGUCAGCUGAUCGGAACCUGGGGUGUUUAUGAAAAUUAGCUUACAGGCUAACGGCACGUCAGCUAGUGGCGUUUUUUUUUAUUUAUUUUUACGCGGCUGACAAUAUUUUAGUUGCCCUGGGAGCGUCAUUAUUAAGAAAGCUGCCAGUCUGUGACACACUGUAAAAAUGAAAUCUGUAUUCUUUAUCGAGUUACUGUCCGUAGUUUGUUUUCUGCUGUUGACACAAGCGGGUGCGAAGAACUCAGAAGACAUCCGCUGUAAGUGCAUCUGUCCGCCUUACAGAGACAUCGAGGGACAGAUCUACAAACAAAACGUCUCUCUUAAAGACUGCAACUGUCUCCAUGUGGUGGAGCCGAUGCCGGUCGACGGGAAGGACGUGGAGGCUUAUUGUUUACGCUGUGAGUGCAAGUAUGAGGAGAGGAGCUCUGGGACCAUCAAAGGCACCAUCAUAAUGUACCUGUCCAUCUUGGGCCUGCUGCUGCUCUACAUGGUGUACCUGACCCUGCUGGAGCCCAUGUUGAAAAGGCGUCUGUUUGGACACUCCCAGCUUAUCCAGAGCGAUGAUGAUGUUGGGGACCAGCAGCCUUUUGCCAAUGCUCACAACGUUCUGUCCCGUUCACACUCCCGACCCAACAUGUUAAACAAAGUGGAGCAUGCUCAGCAGCGCUGGAGGAGGCAGGUCCAGGAGCAGAGGAAGUCCGUCUUCGACCGCCACGUCGUCCUCAGUUAAACCUUUCCCUUGCAAACAGCAUCUCUAGGUGGAGCAUAAACACUGUGACACAGCCCCCAGUUUCUAUCUCUUCCUCUCUCUCCCUUCUGAUUUCAAAUGUACAUUCCCAUUUGUGAUUUGUAUCCCACGGCGUAUGACUACAGUGUUUCAGAGGUGAACGUGGUACAGCGAUCUUGUGACUUGUCAUGCAGACACCCCCUGGCAGGCGUGUGUGAUCAGAGCUGGGGGCCGUGCUAUUUAACACUCCAAGCGGCACCAGAGAAUUACAGUGCGUUUGUUUUUCCAAUCCUAAAUGAAUUGUCUGUCAUAAAAAUCUCAAAAUGCAAAAACCUAAUCUUUGUCUGCUCUCCAAUUUGUGAAAGUGCCAAGUCACCAGAAAAUAAAAUGAAAAAUUCAUAGUAGAGCCUAUACUACAUCAGACCAAAUUACAUUUUCAAUCUUUUUUUAAAGUCUUCCAACACGAUGGGAGAAUUUCAGUUUGUCCUGGACCCAGUAGCUGGUGAAGUCCAAUGUUUACUAGUCUCUCACAAUCUGACCAGCUACAUACACUGUUACAGUAGUAAAGAUGAUUCAAAUGAUGGCUGGUGGCUGGGAGAGUGGGCCAACACACUGACUGCAGUAAUUUAUUAGUACAUGGCCGGUGGUAAUUUUCCACCUAUUGCAUAACCUGGAAUGACUGCUCUUAUCACAAGGGAUAGGAAGGAGGGUAAAAUGUAAGUGUUUGUAUUAGCCUAAUUUGAAAAUGCAUGUUUUAUAAUAAAUCUUUUAUACAUUCAUUUCCAACCAUUCAUCCCUACCAUAAUAACACAUUUUGUGUCUGAAUUGGUGUGAAAACCCCUAUUUCAUGCACUGUAAUCAGUUUGAUAUUUGGAUUUAAUUUCACUUAAAGUCAUUUCAGAAACUGAUGCAAUUAUACAUUUGUAUCGUCAGUAAAAGUAGCUUGUGGUAUUUAUCCUAUCUAUCAGUCAGUGCCCUGUUCAACUGCCUAGACAAAUUUGAUGUCUAUUCCUUUUUUGGGCGCGGGGGUGGUUCUCACUAGUAUGUGCUGGAUCCAACCUCAGCUUCUUUAUCAAGGUUCGAAAUAAUAUUCAUUGUCUUACCUGUAGGACAACGCUGGUAUGUGAGAUUCUGAGGUGUAAAAAGGAAAUUUUGAGUAGCUGGGCUAUGUACAGGGGAGGGGGGGAACACCUGUUGCGAGACUUAUGAAAGUGUUCUUAACUCUUGUAUAUGUGAUACCUUUAAAUUUGAAAUAAAUUUGUGUAAUAUUUGUGA